GCGACACGGCGAAGCCAUCGGAUGCAGAGGGCAAGCCGCUGUCUCCUGUCAAAGAGGAGCGAGAAGAAGAGGAGGGGAACAAAGAUUCACAGACCCCUCGCAGCUUCCGGACCUUUUUCAACGACAGGGUCACCAAGCUGCUCUCCAACAAGGAGGGCACAGAGCCCGACCGGAAACUCUUCGGUGCCAGCUUCAGCGGCUUCUUCGGCGGCGGCGGAGAGACUGGCGAUGCAUCCGUUGCAGCCAGCAAAGAGGUCCCAGCAGAGGCAGGCACGGAAUCAGCACCUGAAGAAAGCAGCGCACCAGCUACAUCCUCCGAAGCAGAGGAGAAGCGAGCUGAAGAAGAGCGCUUGGCACAAGAGGCUGCUGCAAGAGAAGCGGCGGAGAGAGCUGCAGAAGAGGAGCGAUUGGCAGCCGCCAAAGCGGCCGCAGCUCAAAAAGCUGAAGAGGAGCGCUUGGCAGAAGAGGCCGCUGCAAGAGAAGCUGCUGCAAGAGAAGCUGCGGCGAGAGAAGCUGCUGAGAAAGCAGCAGAGGAGGAGCGUUUGGCAGCAGAAAGGGCGGCUUCAGCUCAGAAAGCUGAAGAGGAGGCUGCUGCUAGAGAAGCUGCUGCAAGAGAAGCAGCUGAGAGAGCAGCAGAAGAGGAGCGUUUGGCAGCAGCAAGGGCUGCUGCAGCUCAAAAAGCCGAGGAGGAGGCUGCUGCAAGAGAAGCUGCGGAGAGAGCAGCAGAAGAGGAGCGUUUGGCAGCAGCGAGGGCGGCUGCAGCUCAAAAAGCUGAAGAGGAGCGCUUAGCACAAGAGGCUGCUGCAAGAGAAGCUGCUGCGAAAGCAGCAGAAGAGGAGCGCUUGGCAGCAGCCAGGGCGGCUGCUGAAAAAGCUGAAGCGGAGCGCUUGGCAGAAGAGGCUGCUGCAAGAGAAGCUGCUGAGAAAGUAGAGGAGGAGCGAUUGGCAGCUCUGAAAGCACAAGGUGUGUCGCCCAGAACCGGCAAGGCACCGCCACCGCCCCCUCCGAAAGCCGGUGCAGAGGAGGGGGGUGAGCGGCGACCGCCUCCACCACCCCCCAAGGGCAAGCCGUCGUCGAGGCCGGGUCCUCAAAUCCUCUCGGUGGACACAGACCCCGAAGCGAACAUCGGGCAAGCCCAGCCGGUUGGCAACGUGCAGACCAUUCCCUUGCGUCCCAGAAGCUCCUCCGAAAGUCCGGAGUUCUGGGAGGCCAUGGCUAGCGAGACCACAGACGUUGCAGCCCCUGAGGCGGUAAAGUAUCUCCCUGAGCUGCGGGAUUUUGUGGUUCGCGGCCACACCUCAGUGGAAUGGCGAAUGGGUCAACUCAGGCUCCUGCGUCAAGUACUGGAAGAGGAGAAGGAAGCGAUGCUCCAAGCACUAGGCUGCGACCUUUGUGUGGAUGAGGCACAGGCACUUCUUUUCCAGAUCGGCUGCUUGUUCGGAGAGAUAGAUCACUUUCUCGACAACAUCGCAAGCUGGAGUGCCAUGAAAAAGGUCAGCACACCUAUGGUGUUGCAACCUGCCUCGUCGUAUGUGCAAGCACAGCCAAAGGGCGUGGUGCUCAUCAUCGGAGCUUGGAAUUACCCCUUUGUGGUAACACUUGGGCCUAUGAUUACCGCCCUUGCAGCUGGGAAUUGUGUGCUCCUCAAGCCUUCAGAGUUGUCGCCAGAGUCAGCGCAAGUCAUGCACCGCAUCUGCACUCGCCUUGAUCAGCGAGCAGUGCGUUGCUGUUUGGGUGGUGUGGAGCUUUCCACGACCUUGGUUGCCCAGCCCUUCGAUCACAUCAUAUAUACAGGAUCUACGCGCGUGGGCCGGCUCAUAAUGGCAGCCGCCGCCCCGAAUCUUACCCCGCUGACACUGGAGCUGGGCGGAAAGUCCCCUGUCGUGAUCUGUGGAGGCAUUGACAUCAACGAGGCAUGCCGAAGGAUCGCAGUGGGGAAGUUCGUGAAUUGUGGACAGACCUGCAUCGCGCCGGAUUACAUGUUGGUGGAACGCGGAGUUCGUGAUGAGGUUGUUGCGUGCCUCAAGAAGGUCAUCACGGAAAUGUUCGGUGACAGCACGCAGGCACCACAGAAUCUUAGCCGCAUGGUCAACCAGCAAGCAAUGGAAAGGUUGCACAAAGCCCUUCGCGAGCCACACGGUGGUCACGUGGAGCUUGGGGGGGCCUCGCCUCCUCCUGGCACCAUCAAGGAGGGCCAGAGAUACGUCCAGCCGACGAUCGUGGUGGACCCGAAAGCUGAGAGCACGAUCAUGCAGGAGGAGCUCUUCGGACCUGUGCUGCCAAUCCUCAGCGUGGCGUCCUGCGACGAAGCCGUGAGUUUCAUCAACAGUCGGCCCAAGCCCUUGGCACUCUACGUCUUUGCCCCUCAGCCAGUGGUGGAUCAUGUCAUGCAGAGCACCAGCUCCGGAGCUAUUUUGGUAGGUGACACGGCCGUGCACAAGGGCAAUCCCAAUGUGCCCUUCGGCGGGAUCGGUGGCUCCGGCAUGGGUAGUUGCUAUGGUGAGUUUGGUUUCAACGAGCUUUCGCACCAGCGUGCCGUGAUGUACCGGCCCCUCUUCCCGCCCUCCCCUAUCAGCCUUCCGGCUGACUCCGCUCUGAGCAAGAUCUUGUGGUUCUGGGUUACGAUGAAGCCCGCGCACUCCAAAUUGCUGAAGCGAGUAAGUGUGCUGAUCCUGGGCUUGCUUCUCCUACUCAUCACAGGCAAACUCCGGCAAAGGCCGCUGGCAAGCAUGGCAAACCCCGAUGACACCCAGGCGAGAGCCGAAUCACCGGCGGGCUCUGCACCGAACACAGACAGAAUGAUGUCAAGACCGCCCCGUGGUCCUGGCCCGAUGAUGCCCGGUCCUGGCUUGAACGUCGAGACCGACUUUGAAGAUACCCUGAAGUCCAACGCGUCCUUUACGUCAGAUUCGCCAAGCAACCGCAGGACUUGCGCGCAAGCAGUCACUUCACUCAUCAACAAGUGUGAUGUCCUCCAUUCUGUUAGGGUCUUGCCUUUCCUGGUGUGUUACAUUGAUAAAUUUUGGAUCAAGCUUGCCCGUGGUCUGCCCCCUUUUUACAUGCACAGGCGCAAAAGCCGGAGCUUGCGGUAUAGAUCCCAAACUCCCGUUGGGCUUUGCUGCUUCACCUUAAGGCUGCUAGUAAGUAGCAUAUGCAUAUACUGCAGGCAUAUAACCUGGCAUACUCUAUACAUACAUAUAUAUAUAUGCAGACACUCGCGCACACACACACACAAACACACACGCAUUCUAUCUCUCUCUCUCCCUAUCCCUCUGCCUACAUAUACGUAUAUAUAUAUAUAUGUGUGUGUGUAUGUUUAUGUAUGUGUGUAUAUAUAUAUGUAUGUAUAUAUAUAUACAUAUGUAUAUAUAUAUAUACAUAUGUAUGUAGGGUAUGUAUGUAUGUAUGUAUGUAUGUAUGUAUGUAUGUAUGUACAUAUAGAUAGAAUGUACUAUUAUACUCUUCAUCUGACGCUAUCUAUCUAUCUCUAUCUGUCUAUCUACCUAGGUGUUUUCAUUAAUACACACACUCUGUGCAGGUGA